GUUCUAAGUUCUAAUAUAUUGGGCGGCAUAAUAAGAAUCUAUGCCUACUUAACAACAAUAAUGGGACCCAAAACAAGGAGAAGAAACUGAAAACCCAAAAAAAUAGAAAAGAAAAAAUGGAGCUACGACCUUCUCUGAGUCUGAGACAAAAAUCCAGAAGAACAAGAACCAAAACACACGACACAGCAACGACCAUGACUCAGCUCAGAAACACAAUCGAACUUCAAUGGAGCUUCUUCUUCAAUAAAGUCUCCUUUGUUGGUCGUUUAUGCUUCCACUUUGUUUGGGAUAGGAUCUUGUCUUGCUCUCUAAGUUCACCACCAAGGCCUCCUUCUUCUUCACGUUACCAGAGACUUUCACUCCGCCGUGAGUCUCCGGUGGACGACGACGGAGGUGAGGGGAUCAUGCAGGGGACAAGAAGGAGCUGUGGUGGUGGUGGGUAUGAGUCAGAUUCUGAUUUGGUGAAUCUCAAGAUUAGUUUGUUUGGUGAUUGCCAUAUUGGAAAAACUAGCUUUGUGAUCAAGUAUGUAGGGGAUGAGCAAGAAAAGAGGAGCUUGAAUAUGAAGGGACUUAAUCUGAUGGACAAAACUUUAUCUGUUAAUGGAGCUAGAAUUUUGUUUAGUAUAUGGGAUGUUGCAGGUGACAAAGGGUCAUUGGAUCAAAUUCCCAUGGCUUGUAAAGAUGCAAAUGCAAUUUUGAUUAUGUUUGAUCUCACAAGUAGAUCCACACUAAAUAGUGUUGUUGGAUGGUAUAGUGAAGCAAGAAAGUGGAAUCAGACUGCAAUUCCCAUUCUAAUAGGAACCAAAUUUGAUGAUUUUGUUAGACUUCCACCUAAUUUGCAAUGGACCAUUGUAACACAGGCUAGGGCUUAUGCAAGGGCAAUGAAAGCUACCCUUUUCUUCUCAAGUGCAACUCACAACAUUAAUGUGAACAAAAUCUUCAAGUUCAUACUGGCCAAGCUCUUUAAUUUGCCAUGGACAGUAGAAAGAAACUUGACUUUGGGAGAGCCCAUUAUUGAUUUCUGAAAUAUGUUUUUUUGCUAAUGUAAAUAGUAGCAUAGAGGAAAACAACAACAACAUCAAGUGAAAAGAAAAGAAAAGAAAAAACAUGAUUCGCCAACACUCUCACCUUACAUAUUAACCACUCUUGUUAGGAGUAAAUUACAUAUCCUCUUGAAAAAUGUUACUUGGACAUAACAAUUUUAGGAGACGGUAUCGAGAUAUCCUCAUCUAAUGGUAGAUGAGAGUAGUCGAUACAUUCUCCUAUAAUAUGGUUGUUAUAUCGGGUAACAUUUUUGUUUUCAUUAGGCUACUUUGACUAAAUCAUAGAAGGUAAGAUGGGUGUGACUGAAUUUUCUUCCACCCUUGUCAUUUCUACCUCAAUGUUCCAUUGCAAUGGCCAAGGUUAAAAGCAUAGCCAUUCAGGUUUAACUUAUAGGAGGUAUAGAAGGAGCUGAGUAAAAACAUGAGAAAUAGAAAGAUAGAUUGCAUUGACAAAGAUCUUUUUUGCUUUUGAAUUUUCAA